UCUAGCUUGGCCGCCGCACCAAGCGUGCAUGGUUUGAGUUGGAAGGAAAAAAACAGCUCGGCUGUCUGUCUCUGUCUGUUGCUGCUCUGUGUUUGUUUUAUUUUUUUUUUUUGCAGCAAAUGGUCAGUGAAGUGGCGAGCGGUGGAAGUAAUUGCUUGCUCAACUGACAGUUAUUGGGAUUGCUAAGUUUGUUUUAGAGGUUUUUCCUCCCCCCGCCGUGUUUGGUGCUGCUGCCUGUUGUUGUUGCUUCUGAUGAUGAUGAUGACGAUGAUGAUGCUGUCUUAGCGUCAACAGCAAGAUAAAAAGAAAAAAAAACACAUAUAUACUCAUACAUAUACACAUAUAUGUGCAUAUAUGCAUGUAACAUAUGCAUAUAUUAGAUAUAUAUAUACGCACACACACACAUCUAUAUAUAUUACUCACAGAUUCUCACACACGCGCGCACACACAGAGAGACGUGCAUCUUUGAAUGAGUGAAUGCAUGGAACAAACCGUGGGGCGCAAAAAAGGAAGAAAAGAAAGCAGCAAUAAACACGAACGUCCCCUUCUAUCCAAAACAGUUCGGAGCAUCAUCAUUUUUAUAUUAUAAGUGAAAAAGGAAAGAAGCGAAAGCGAAAAUAUAAAUUGGAUUUUAAUCGCAACAGUUUUUUUACCAAGGCGUUAACUCUCUCUCUCUCAAUCGGAAUAAAAAAAAGUCAUUUAUCCAAAGAAUUACAUAUAUAUAUAUAUAUACAUAUAUAUACAUACGCCUCAGUGAUCCUGUAUAGGAAAAAUAAAUCAGGGUAUUUUAGAUAAUCAGACCCACUCCUUUAAAGGCGCUAGCAGCUAUUUCCGAGACCAUGGGGUGUCUGUGUCCGAAGGUACGGGAAGCCCUGACGGCUGAAGACACCACACAACCAUCGAAGUAUUCUUGGGAGAAGCGGCCCAAAAUCGAUGUCAAAGAUUACACGAUAGCAAAUGUUAAAAACACAACCAUGGGCCGCAUGCCGGGGACUGUCGAUGGACAGCAGUUUAUUAUAGAAAAAUGCGAGGAUACAAAUAUUUACAUCUUUGACCAUUCGGCCUCCGUGACCAUCGAUGACUGUAUCAACUGCAGAAUAUUUCUGGGACCAGUGAAAACAAGUGUCUUUGUAAGGGACUGCAAAAACUGCAAAAUAAUGACAGGGUGUCAGCAAUACAGGACCAGAGACUGUACCCAGAUUGACAGCUUCCUUUUGUGUACCACAAAACCCAUCAUCGAAUCUUCGACAGAAAUGAAGUUUUCAUGUUUCCAGUAUUACUAUCCUCAAUUAGAAGAACAUUUCCGAAGUGCACAGCUGAGCACCUUCAACAACAACUGGAGCAGUAUUUUCGAUUUCACACAAGUUGCUGGGAUGCCAAACCUCUCCCUCUUACCUGCGGACAUCAAAGUUGAAGAUUACAUUCCAUUACCAACUGUAGAACCUUUCAACAGCCUGGAAAUUGAUACAGACCCACUGCGAAGUGUCGUACCAGUUACAUUAGGCUCGCGAGAACGGUCAUCAGAAGAGUCAUGUUUGAUGGUGUUCUUCAGUGAUGGCAGUUCACAUGACCGCGCUGUGCGGUUCAUUGAAAAAAUGAAAACAGAACAUCCGGAGGUAUCAUUGCUACAGAGCAGCGAAGUCGAAAUGGAGAAAGAUGAAGUGGAACGAGUGUUUGGAAGUCUGUCUUACCAAGCGGCAGCAAAACAAGGUCCCGUGAUAGGGCUUGAGUUGUGUGGUGACGGAGUGAUCAGCUUCUGCCAGAACCAAAUUGUGAACAUAAUGAAGGGAACCACGGGUCUGGUGUUCGUCAGCCAGAACAAGGCGUUGGCCAGCAAACAGAUCGAAAACUUCUUCAACUACUCGGACAUGCAGAUGAAGAUCUGAUGCUCCUCUGCCGAGCGACCGCGGCGGAGGGGUGCAAAGGAAAACACCGCCGCCGCCGCCCCUCUCCGCCUGCCUACCUACCUACCUACCUACCUACCUACCCACCUGCCCAUCCACAGAAAACAACCAGUCGCUCAUCACUAACUCUCCUCCUCUAACUUUACCACUGAGAGAAAGAGAGAGAGACAGACAGACAGAGAGAGAGAGAGAGAGAUACUGAUGUGCACAUCCAUCCAAAUAUUUAGUCCAAAGUUUUUUUGUUUUUUUU